AGCUUUACCUGAUAACCAAGAAAGGUAGCACUUUGUACAGCGAAAAGCAAAUAGAGACGGCCUUUGUGCCAACUAUUAGUAAGACUAAUUGUGCGAAAAUUGUUUAGAAAUCAUUCCGUUUCCGAAAAGCAAACAAUAGCUACAGAUAGCAUGAAAUUUGGUGCAGCCAACAAGUAAAAAUAUAUGUAGUAUAUAUACCAUGGAAAAAUACGCAAAUCCCAUCACUACUCUGUAUCGCACUUCCAAUUUUCGGACUACUAUAUACGAUAUCGGAGAACCUAAAAUGAAGCUACCACAAGAAAGCCUAAAACAGUUUCAGAGCUUCGGCAAUUUGACCCAGUUUGAGAAACUUUUGAGGUCUUGGACAUUAAACGCACCAAGUAAAUUCAAGCUAUGUUUGCGGCCUGCUUUAAUUCCGAAGACUUUAUCGGACUCAAAGUAUUCACCAAGUUUGGAAAAGCACAGCAAAGCGCUGUUAAGAUGUGAUCGGGUAACACCGCAUUUGAGAGAGAAAGAAGGUCUCAAUUUGGCCGCAAUUUUGUGCUGUACAAAUUUUAUUGAAGAUACACGGGAUUAUUACCAAAGAACGGAUUUAAAAUGUGCUCUCAUAAAUAAGGAAGAAAACAGAAAAGAAAAAAGAUACGAAAGUGUCCUCGAUCGACUUGGAGACUCGUCGGGAAAAGUAUUCUCUCUCAGUAGUAUACAUCAACAUCACAAACCAACACCUCCAAAACGACCUGUACUUGUUCCACUUCAAGCUAAAAUUCUUCAAGCGAGGAGAUUAAUAAACGAUGUUAAAAAUGGGAAGCAAAGCAAACGAAAAAAUCUUCCGUUUUUCAAAAAGGUUGUAUUAAGGCAACACUAUGCUGCAAUUCGACAUAAUCGAACAUUGCGUGAGGCUGCCGGUAAAAAGAAGUAGGCUUUUCUGUAUGGGAUGGUUUUGGACUAUGCGGUUAGUCCACAUUCCAAUUGAAAAUGUAGCUCAGCUAUCCAUGAUUCAAGCCCUGAAUAUUCCAACAGUCAACUGAAGACUACAACAUUAUCUUGGGUGCAUCGAUACACCAGGCUAACCACUCCGGAAUACCUCUUGUUUCAUUAUUUAGUUUCAUUAUAAUAUUGUGUAUUUUUGUACGAAAUACCGUAGUUGCAAUAAUUAUAUUUUUAAUAAAAGCUAUUGCAUAAA